CGGCUGCGUGUGGGCAGGGCACGCCGAACGUACAUUAAGACAUCCGAAGCAGUCUACACGCCGUCACACGAUCGCCGGCGCAUCUUCGUCGUCGACGUGUACGCUGUGUUGUGUGGCCCGCCACAUGUGGAGUCUUUUGCAGUUGGCGACGGCCACGAGGACAGUGGAAUUUGCGGCGAUGGCCAUGAACGGGAGGAGGAGGGGUGACACAUUGAGCAAGGCGGAGAGGACGGCGGUGGCAGCGGCCGUGAACGCCGUCCUCUUCGGGUGUCAAUUGCAGAGGGGCGAGGGAAGGAUGAGAGCGGCCAUUCGCGCACGGCGGAAGAGGACGCUGCAGUCGUUCCAUGCGGAGGGAGAGGACAGUGCUGCCAUUUGCGACGUCGUGCUGCAGGUGUGCUACGCCAUGGGCUUUGGAGCAUUCCCCAGAGCGACGCCGAGGUGGUGGAUGAAGCGACGGACGGGUGGGACGUGGGAGGAUUUGCGGCAUUGCGACGACGCGACGACGGACUACUUCAAGGACAUUGUCAAGCUGCGCAUGUCGCCACGUGUGUUUGGAGAGAUCACGGAAGCUUUGUCUCCCUUCCUUGAAUGGCGUGUCACUUUUUAUAGGGAGUCCCUCCAGCCUGACCACAUUGUCGCGUACGCUUUGUACAGGUGGGCGUCGGAGGAGACGUAUGAGUGCGGGACAUGCAACUUCGACAUUGUCAGAUCUUCCGGGUUGGUGGCUGUGCGGGAUAUGACUGCGGUGUUGCUGAAGGCAUAUGCCGAAAACAUAGCGUGGCUGACGGGUUUGCUGAAGGCGGUCGUCUUGCGCGCUUUCGCUGACAAGGGUUUCCCUAACUGCCAUGGGUGCAUCGACUGCACCCACAUCUUCAUAGACAAGCUAGUGAAUUGCCCCGGGGACGACUACUACGAUAGAAAACGCCGUUUCUCCGUCUAGGCGCAGGUCGUCGUUGAUUUGAACUUGCUCGUGCUGGAUGUGUUCAACUGUUAUCCGGGAAGUUGCCACGACGUG